AACCGCAUUAGGUACAAACACUUUGAAUUGCGCCAUUUCUUUCUGCGAAUUAAAUUUUGCUGAUUCCAAUUACCUUUUUCCGGGUAACAAGCAAAUGGUCCAAUUGCGCGUUCUACGCGAAACACGCAAAAAGUGCUAAUGGCAAAGUGAACGCAUUGGAGCGCUUUGGAUCAUCCGAUGGACUGCAUGGCCGUUUCUCAAACUUUCUGAAAAGACAGAAAAUGUUGAUUGAAAAAGUGAAAUAAAAGGGGGGAAGUUCCGGCAAAAAAAAUGAGCGCCGCGACGCCUGCGUCGCCCCAACCCCCAAUUCGACGUAUGCCGUGCGAGUCGACGAGCGUCGCCACCGGUCCAGGCGGCCAUGUCCGUCGUUCGAUUUUUGGACGCAGCGGCUCGGCGUCGCGACGACGGGCCAUUUUUUCGAUUUUUCCCACGUUGAUGCCGACCCAACCAUUGUGAAACACGGGAAAAUGGUCAGGAUGGCCGGGAUGGAGGAUCACGAAAGGAAAAUCGUCGUCGAGUUUGUACAUCUAUUGGAAAAGUCCAAACAGUUGUUCAAUGGACUGCGGGAUCUGCCUCAGUAUGGCCAUAAACAAUGGCAGGCUUACUUCGGAAGGACUUUCGACAUUUACACGAAGCUCUGGAAGUUUCAGCAACAACAUCGGCAAAUCUUAGAUACCAAGUACGGACUGAAGCGGUGGCAAAUUGGGGAAAUCGCCUCAAAGAUCGGCCAACUUUACUAUCACUAUUAUUUGCGGACUAGCGAAACCAAUUACCUGAAUGAAGCCUUCUCGUUCUAUGCCGCUAUUCGUGGGCGCGCGUACUACUCAAGGGCAGCGAAAGAAGAUCGGUCCGAGCUGAUGGUGAAGAAGCUGCGCUACUACGCGCGGUUCAUUGUCGUGUGCCUGCUGCUUAGACGAAUGAAAUUAGUUAGAGAACUGAUAGUAGAAUUAGACAGACAUAUCGCCGACUACACCAGUACCUACGAGCCCGACGACCAGAUCGAGUGGAGCCUCGUUCUGGACGAAAUCAAGGCGUUUAUUGCCUCCGACUCUCUAGUGAGCGUCUUGCAUGCGGAUACAAACCCUAUUGUUUUAUCCCACAGGUUGAGCCCACUGACGACGCCGCCAGUAGAAAAGUCGCAGUACAUGAACCUGACGCUGCAAGAGAUCCUGGUAGUGGGUAGCGCUACCGAACAAGUGAAAUUCUCCGAACUGACCAUGGACAUGUUCCGGAUGAUCCAGACGUUGGAGCGCGAGCCUCAGGAGGACUUCAAUCAUAUCUACGACGCGUCACCGGCACCUGGACGCAUGCCCUAUGGAGUGCCCGGCCAGAAAGGAUAUCUGGAGAAUGGAGAUCGGCCCUCUAGGCGGGAGAAUCCCCACAAGUAUCUUCUCUACAAGCCGACACUCAGUCAGAUAUUGGUGUUUCUGGCCAGCGGCUUCAAGGAGCUGCCUGUUAACGGGGCGCUUCUACUCUACCUUUCGUCUGAUGGUUGCUUUUCCACGUCCAAACAUCCGGAGGAUAUGGGUUUCGACCUGGGCGGCGUUUCGACCACCAGCAAACGCGACGGGGAACACAAGAAAACCAAAGAAGUUCACUGCGUUUAUCCGGGCGACCUUUAUCCCUUCACUAGACGUCCCUUGUUCGUGAUAGUGGACUCCGACAAUAGUUUCGUGUUUCAACAUAUACCUAGGUAUUUUGGACAGCCGCUAGUUACUCUAAUGUCGCCUCAAGAUACACCUCCUGCCUUCCAAGACCAACAACACAAUGGGUCUUUAUUUACUCUGUUUCUGCACUCACCGUUGACCGCCUUCUGUUACUGCUGUAGCAUCAACAGCAUAGCCAUCCAUCACUGGGAACGUUGCCAGUCGUUUGUUGAUCGGUUCGUCACUGAGGCUUCCCGCCUCUUUACAAGGGCGCGUGUAGAUCUGUCGUAUCUUCAAUUUUUCGGCGACGAUUUCCUGCGGCUGCUGCUGCUGCGCUACAUUUUCUGCGAGGUUGUGCUGCACUUGCAUCGCGCUUUCCGGGGGCGGCAGUACCGCCCCCGCUGCCAGCCGCCCCUGCCGGAAGCCGAGCUGCUGGAGAAUCCGGCGCUGCAGCAUUUGGUGCUCGACCUGGCCACCCACUUGGAGGUUAGGGCGCAUUUCGAGGGGCACGAACUCGAAUGAUCCAGGUCUUGUCCCUCAUGGAUAGGUUUGGGCCCCAGCAUCAUGUCCUGGUCACCCGCCCCCCAAACCCAUGAGGGAGGAGGGGAUCGCCCCUAUGAGAAACUGAACAUUCCGAUCGUCAAAUUGGCCGCCCGAAUGGUGUUCUUCAAAAUUGUCCGCGUGCUGCUAAAAGUGUCGAUCAUCCGCAUGCAGGUGAUCUGGACUGGCGUUAGGACAGUUUUCGAUUGUUGCCACUGCCGAGACCGUAGUUUGGUUUAAUGAGCUUCACUAUAGACUUAAAGAAUUUGAAAUACCGUGAUAAUACUUAAUUAGAGUAAACUAACUCGAAGGUAAUGCGCAUUGAAUGGCACUGUUUGAGGCGUUGUUGAGGCGUGGAAUGUUCAAUCUUCCAGUCCAUGAUUUGAGGUUCUUCUAAUGUUGCGCACUUUUUACCCCCCCGCUUCAGUUAUUAUGGCUUUUUACUCGUUACGCCCGGUCAAUGCCCAUUACCUGAUUCAGCUCAAAUGGGAGCACAGCGUCUUUCACAAACAAAAAAUCCGUUCACUUUAAAGGCCGUUCAUCCGAAACGGCUUUAGCAUUAAAGCGCAAUUAAUACUUAACCUAAUUUUACCAAUUCAAUUGUUUCUUGCCGUAUUUCCAAACAUCUAUAAGCCACUAAGCGUACGUUAUGGAUUCGUAUGAGUAUUCCGUUUUUAAAUUAUAGGUAUUAUUGAAAUUACUAUUAAACAAACGUUCUUUAAA